AUGUGCAAGGAGUAUGACAAGGAACAUAAACAGCUGGAUACGAAGCAUAAGCAACUUUGUCAUUUACUUGCAGCAAUCAAGGACAUUCCUGGACUCACAGUCAACGUGGUUGAUUACAAUGGGCAGAAUCCCUUCCUCAGCCAGCUCAACAGCACCCAUAAUUCAGAUAUUUUCAUUGGAAUGCAUGGUGCCGGACUCACACAUUUGCUGUUCCUGCCUGACUGGGCAGCGAUCAUGGAACUAUAUAACUGCGAUGACCGCGACUGCUAUAAGGAUCUAGCACGACUUCGAGGAGUGAAAUAUUUUACGUGGUCGCCUGGCAAGGAACAUUUGAUCUAUCCUGAGGACGCUGGCCAACAUCCGAGCACUGGUGCAGCGCAUAAGAAGUUCACCAGUUACCGAUUCGACCCUACAGAAUUCAAGCGGCAGGUUAUUUUGAUGGUGGAAUACGUACGACGACAUCCGAAAUUUGUACAGGAGAGGAGAAUAUUGCGAAGGGCUCGAAGAAAUGAAGAGCUUUGACACUGACAAAAUUCGGGCCUACUUUGCCUUCGUAAAUCUCUUGUUCACUUAGCUUGCAUUUGCUCAAAGACUUCGGAACUAUUACUUACACCAAAAACUCAGACAGUCGAAGAGAUACCUCCGGCGGG